AUGAAAAGGUGCUCCAUCACAAGUGCUCGAUAUACAACAAUGUUGCAGAAUUACGUAGCUCCAGAAUUGCAACAUCGAAAUGUCGUUAAUGACUUUGUAUGGAUGCAAGAUGGUUCUCCUCCACACGUCACCACAUCUGUUCGGCAAGCGCCGCAACAGCAGUUUGGAGAUGGAGUCAUGUCCUCGGAAGAAGACAAAAUAAGAGAUGCAGAGUGCAUCGACUCGCUGGUGUGUGCUGAACUUCCAGAUGCUACUCGACAUCCGGAGCUACACAACAUUGUGAAGUCAUCGAUGAUUCACGGACCCUGCGGUGAACUGAAUAGAAACUCUCCCUGCAUGAGUGAUGGUGUAUGUUCGAAAGGAUUUCCGAAACCGUUUCAGGCAGAAACUAAAGAGAACGUGAAUGGCUACCCACUCUACAGAAGAAGGGACGAUGGAAACUUUAUCGUGAUCAAGGGUCAUGCCAUCGAUAACAGAUGGGUCGUUCCUUACAAUCCGUAUUUAUCGAAAAAGUACAACGCCCACAUAAACGUUGAAGUAUGCAGCUCCAUAAAAUCGGUGAAGUAUUUGUUCAAAUACGUGUACAAGGGUCAUGAUGCAGCUAAAGUUGUUCUGGAAGAAUCUGGAGAUAGAACUUUAAUGUGGGACGAGAUCAAAUGCUUCUUAAAUGCAAGAUACGUGUCUGCCCCUGAAGCAGCGUGGAGGCUGUAUGUAUGGAAGUGA